UACAAUGAUGCGGUAAUGCCUACUCAUCCUCAGCCAACUGUGGUACACAUUUUGGGGAGCUCGUUGCCAUGGAUCAAAAUCACAAGCAGGACGAGGAGAGCGAUCUGUUCGCCGGCUUCCGCAGGGCAUAUAAAUCCUUCGCCACUGAGGCCAUUCAUGUCGGUCAGGAGCCGGAGCAGUGGAAGUCAAUGGCUGUAGUGCCGCCGAUUUCUCUGUCUACCACGUUCAAGCAGCUCGGACCAGGAAAUCAUGCCGGGUUUGAAUACAGCCGCAGUGGAAACCCUACAAGAAACUGUCUUGAGAAGGCAGUGGCUGCUUUGGAUGGAGCGAAGUAUUGUAUUGCUGUUGCCUCGGGGCUGGCAGCCACAGUGACCAUCACUCACAUGCUCAAAGCAGGUGAUGGAAUUGUCUGCAUGGAUGAUGUGUACGGAGGCACAAAUCGCUACUUCCAAAGAAUCGCAGCUGAAGUUGGCUUGGAGGUGUCUUUUGCUGACUGCACGAAACCAGAGCAGCUGAAGGCCGCUCUGAAGGCCAACACUAAACUGGUGUGGAUUGAGACGCCCACCAACCCCACAAUGAAGGUCGUCGACAUCAAGGCUUGUUCUGACUUGGCCCACGAGUACAGCAAAGACAUAGUGGUGGUUGUUGACAACACCUUUAUGUCUGCCUACUUCCAGCGCCCCUUGGCUUUGGGAGCCGAUAUCUGCAUGUACUCAGCCACUAAAUACAUGAACGGUCACAGUGAUGUCGUCAUGGGUCUGGCCUCAAUGAACCGGGAUGAUCUGUACGAUCGACUGAAGUUUCUGCAAAAUGCACUGGGUUGUGUCCCGUCUCCCUUCGACUGCUUCCUGUGUAACCGAGGACUGAAGACGCUACACCUGCGGAUGGAGCGGCACUUCAAGAAUGCCAUGGCUGCUGCCAAGUUUCUGGAGGCGGAUCCCAGGGUGGAGCGCGUUAUCUUCCCAGGCCUGCCCUCUCACCCCCAGCAUGAAGUGAUGAAGAAACAAUGCACAGGAUGUCCGGGAAUGAUCACCUUCUACAUUAAGGGGAAACUCGAGCAUGCCAGCGCCUUUCUCAGUAACCUCAAAUUGUUUGCAAUAGCUGAGAGCCUUGGAGGUUACGAAAGUUUAGCAGAACAUCCGGCGAUCAUGACCCAUGCAUCAGUGCCAGAAAAGGAGAGGGUUGUUCUGGGGAUCAGUGACACACUGAUCCGGCUCUCUGUGGGACUGGAGGAUGAGGCCGACAUCAUCGAAGACCUGGAGCAAGCACUAGCUGCUGCUCAUCCAAAGAAAUGAAACGUCUGCAGGGCAUCCUUGAGGUUGAAACCAGUCGAAGUCGGGAGAAAGACCGGAGGUACCUGGAGUGAAAUCCUUGCAGAUCGACACUUUGAACCUCAGUUCAGCGCACAAACAGCAGAGAUUCAUCUAUCAGGAAACAACUUGUUCUUUAAAAAACAACUAUGCUAUCUGUUAAUAAUUAACCUGAUUUUUACAUGAGAAUCUUUUUACUGCCUAUUUUACCAGAACAUCUGUUGUAAUCUUAUUUAUCUUAUGCUGGGUUUGCUUUGUUUUUAUGUUUGUCUUGUUUUACUUGAGUGGUCCUUGGAGGGCUUAAACUGGGCGUAGUUAUAUUCAGUCAAUGCUGAUUUCUGAAGGAGAAAACACCAAACAUAGUAUUUUCUGUAAAAACUUGAGCACUUCAAGCUGCAUUUUAAUGCACAGAACAAUGCUCCAAAUGUUAUUGCCCUGAGUUCAACUACAACAGUAACCUGCUUUGAUUAUUUUCUUAUUCUAGUUUCCUCUGUAAAAGUGUAUUAUUGACCUCUCAUUAGUCAGACUAAACAGACUCAUACAGACGCAGCUGAUGUCGCCACCUGCUGACCAAAAGUCAGAAAAAUUUCUCUUUACUGCCAAAAUCUGCUCAAAUAUUUUAUUAGCUUUUUCAGCACCAUAUAUAUCAUUUUAUAAAAAACAUUUCUGCAGAACAAGAAAUGAUGGAUAGAAAUGUUUGUGUCAGCGGCAGAAUAUUGAUAUGACUGAGAAUGUGCUUCAUUAAGUUGUAAAGAGGAAGAGAGGAAAUCUGAGCACCUUUGAGACUAAUCAGGAUAUUUUCCAAGAAAAUGAAGGAGUGUUUGGUGAGCACUUGCCAUAUUUUGAGCAGAAUUUUCCAGCAAUGACGGUGUUUGAAGAUUUUUAUGGGAUCAAUUGAAGGCUUUUACAGGAUAAUCAUGUUUGAAGAAAUGUGUUAAAUUCAAUUCAAGUGCAAAAAAGUGUCUGGCCUGAUAAGAAAAGAAGAAUUUUCCCCAGGUCAAGACUUUUUUGCCAAUGCAGAGAAAAAUAUUUCACUCAGGCACUUCCACCUUCUGCUUUUCCCCCUGAAGUCACAUCAUAGCUCAACUAUACGCCUCAUUGGGGAUAGAGCAGUCAAUCAAUGCCAUUUAUGUAACCAAUAAAAUCCAUUAAAAUCAGUUUGCAGUAUA